CUGCGAUGCCGGGGGCGCCGGGGCUGGGACCGGGGUCGGGACCUGGGGCAGGGCGGGAGGCGGCUGCCCGCCGCCGGCGUCGUCCCCCCUGCCCCGCUUAGACCGUGCCGGGGGCUACCGGGCGGCCCCCGCCGCCUCGCCGUUCGCCCGGGCCUCCGGUGCUGUCAGGAGGAGCCGCGAAGGUCCCAUCCUGAGGAAUGGCUGCAGAUGUCCACAAGAAGAAAGGCUGGGAAGUGCCCAAUGGCUCCCUGGCACCCGGCGAUGGGCAGCACGCAGAGCGGUCCGAGAGCCCCACGCCGGGGCUGGCACAGGGGACGGAGCCAGGAGCGGGCCAGGAGGGAGCCAUGUUUGUGCACACCCGCUCCUACGAGGACUUGACCAGUCCUGAGGACGGGGCGGCCACAGCGCGGAGCCCGGAGGAGAGGCGGGGGGAACCGGCGGAGCCGAGCAGCAUGGAGCAGAUCAGCAAGGACUUCAGUGAGCUGAGCACACAGCUCACAGGCAUGGCCCUCGACCUGGAGGAGGAGAUGAGGCAGAACAAAGAGGGGAAGCUGGAGCCAUCCCCACAGACAAACCGCCGCGACUCAGUGCUGUCGAGCAAGGAGGAGGAGGACGUGACCAUGGACACCUGGCGCAUGCACCGGAAGCAUGUCUUCGUGCUGAGCGAGGCAGGCAAGCCCGUGUACUCCCGUUACGGCUCUGAGGAGGCCCUCUCCAGCACCAUGGGUGUCAUGAUGGCCCUGGUGUCCUUCCUGGAGGCUGAGAAAAACGCCAUCCGGUCCAUCCACGCAGAUGGCUACAAGGUGGUCUUUGUGCGAAGGAGCCCGCUGGUGCUGGUGGCAGUGGCAAGGACCCAGCAGUCAGAGCAGGAGAUUGCCCACGAGCUGCUAUACAUCUACUACCAGAUCCUGAGCCUGCUGACCUGGACCCAGCUCAACCACAUCUUCCAGCAGAAGCAGAACUAUGACCUGCGCAGGCUCCUGGCCGGUUCUGAGCGCAUCACUGACAACCUGCUGGACCUCAUGGCCCAUGACCCCAGCUUCCUGAUGGGCGCCGUGCGCUGCCUGCCCCUGGCCGCCAGUGUCCGGGACGCUGUCAGCAGUAGCCUCCAGCAGGCCAAGGCCAAGAGCCUGGUCUUCUCUAUCCUCCUUUCAGGGAACCAGCUGGUGUCUCUCGUGAGGAAGAAGGAUCAGUUCCUCCACCCUAUUGACCUUCAUCUGCUCUUCAACCUUAUCAGUUCUUCUUCCUCCUUCCGGGAGGGUGAAGCCUGGACUCCCAUUUGCCUCCCUAAGUUCAACUCCAGCGGCUUCUUCCACGCCCACAUCUCCUACCUGGAGCAGGAGAUGGACCUGUGCCUCCUGCUGGUCUCCACUGACCGUGAAGACUUCUUCACUGUCUCUGACUGCAAGCGGCGCUUCCAGGAGCGCCUGCGGCGGCGGGGGGUGCACCAUGCUCUGCAGGAGGCUCUGCGCACCCCCUUCUACAGCGUUGCCCAGGUGGGCAUCCCUGACCUCCGGCACUUCAUCUACAAGUCCAAAAGCUCUGGGCUCUUCACCAGCCCCGAGAUUGAGGCACCCUACGUGCGGGAGGAGGAAAAGGAAAGGCUCUUGGGGCUCUACCAGUACCUCCACAGCCGGGCUCACAAUUCUUCUCGCCCUCUGAAGAACAUCUACUUCACAGGCCCCCGGGAGAACCUCCUGGCGUGGGUGACCAGCGCUUUCGAGCUCUACAUCUGCUACAGCCCCCUGGGGACCAAGGCUGGUGCCAUCAGUGCUGUCAACAAGCUCAUGAAAUGGAUCCGCAAGGAGGAAGACCGACUCUUCAUCCUCACACCCCAGACGUACUGAUGGGCGUGCCAGAGGAGCCCCUGCUGUGCUGGGGAGCCUGUCCCCCAGGGAAGCCUGGGCUGUGAGUCCCGGGGAGAGGACAUGGUGGGACCCUGGAGCAUGGGGAGACCCAUCCAUGGGCCUGUCCAACCUGGGUGUUUGAGACCGGGUGCACAGCUGCCUUGGGAAGGGAUGACCAGGACUUUCUCUCGUCUGCAGGCAACAUCCCUCAGCUGGGGGGGCUGCCCUUCCUCUGCUGCUCCUGGCUCUGUCCCUCCUUAUGGGGCUCAUGGAGCCAGGGUGCUGGUACCCUGGGUUGCUGGAAGGCAGCUGAGCCUUGGGGUCCUGCUGCCUGUGGCACUCUCCUCUCUCUGCCAUCCUGUGGCUGUGCCAAGGGUGUGGAUCUCCAAAAGAGAUGUGGCAGCAGUCGGGGGGGGGGGGGAACCCUGUGCUGCUGUGGCUGCAGAGGGCGGGUGACACCACCCAGGUGGGGACAGGGCUGGCCUCCUCUCUCUGCACUGGGGGAUAUGGGCUCCCAUGCUCCAGGCAGCCCUGGAACCCUGCCCUGGCAGGUUUGCCCCCUUGGCACCUGUGGCUGCCCAGACCCUUCCCACUGUGGCUGUCCCUAGUCACACUGGCAGGCAGGGAUGGUGGGCCUGCACUACAGGGUCCUGGGCUUGUGGUAAUGGCUUCUGAGCAGCAGACACUAAAGGGGUGGCUCCAGCUCAGCCCUGUGAAGAUGCCACUGUCACAGGGCCCUGGUGCCCCCCCAAGCCCAAGAAGGGCAAUCCCCUUGGUAUGGGGGCACCUGCCCCUCAAAUUCAGCCCCUCAAGCUUGCUGCUGCACAUGGGCUGUCUCCUCCCUGUCUGUCCCAAGGCUCUGGUUGGGCAGAGCUCAACUCCAUAAGGGGGGCUGUCUGCCAGGGUGUGCAAGGAGGGGCAGGGCCAUGGGGGUGGCACCAAGGGGUUUGGGAUAGACCCGGCAGGGCUAGCGUGGGGACUCUGCUCCCGUAUUCGUGCUCCUGCCAGAGUGUAAUCGCUUGUCUUUGCUCAUAAACAUUAUUUGGACCUGAA